UGGUGCCCUGUGAUCUUCGAGGCGCAAGUUUGGAAACUGUCAUUAGCUGCUUUACUGAUUUCAUUUGUUUUGCACAUUUUGGAGAAGUGAAUUUAUGGUGAUGUCGGUGGAAUUGCUGGAAGCAACGCAUAUGGUGGAGAGAUUGCGGGUGGCCGAGCUUCGCUCUCUCCUCUCUUCUAUGGGCAAGAACAACAAAGGGCUGAAGAAAGAGUUGCUCCAGAGAGCCACAGAGCUCCUCCAGAAAGAGUGUGGGCCUGAGCUUCUCUCUGCUAUCCGCAAGCUCUAUGAACACCGUCAAUCUGCUAUUAUCAACACGAGGCGUUCCCAGGCCUUCGCUGUCACACCCACCUCUGAGGUCAUUGCCAUGCCUACCGCUGAUUACCUCAGCGAACCAAAUGCUGUGAUGGACAACCUUGUUCCUGAAGUGCAGAUGAUCAAGCUCCCAUUCUAUCAUACACUCGAGACCAUUGUAGCUCCAGUGCCAUUAGUGCCCAGUUGUGGUCUUAAACUGCAGACCAGCUACAUUACAUUUUGCCUGACUUCAAGCCAAUGGGCUCAGAUCAAGAACUCUCAAGAGCUCAAUUCUGGCCACAAGUCUGUUCAAGUGGUGCUCAGAAUUUGCUACACAGAAAGUAUUGGAGUUGAAGAUGAUCAGUACCCACCAAAAAUUGAUGUGUUUGUCAACGGCCUCUACUGUUUAAUACAGGUUCGCUAUUCAUCCUUAAAAGAUGGGCUGGAACCUUCUCGUCCCUGCUGUCCUAUUAAUCUCACACCGCUAUUGAGAAAGAAUUCUGAGAACAGUGUUUCUGUAACUUGGGGUAACUAUGGCAAGCGCUACUCUGCAGCUGUAUAUUUGGUGAGGGUUUUCUCCUCAACAGAGUUACUGGAGCAGCUCCAGAACAGAGCAGUGGCAAGUAAGGAACAGUGCAGACUGAAGAUUUGCGAGAAGUUGUGCUCUGAUCCAGAGAAUGAGAUCGCCACCACAGGGCUGCAGGUGUCCCUCAUCUGUCCGCUGGCAAAAACUCGCAUGUCUGUCCCCUGUCGAGCGCAGCCGUGUGCCCACCUGCAGUGCUUUGACGCUGAAUUCUACCUGCAGAUGAACGAAAGAAAGCCUAGCUGGACCUGUCCUGUCUGCCAUAAGCCUGCAGCCUUUGAAACACUCCAGAUCGAUAGUUUGCUGAGUAGCAUCCUUCAAAGUACAGAUGACACUAUGAAGGAGAUUGAGUACCUGUCUAAUGGCUCCUGGAGAGCAGUAAGAGAGGAAAGAGAGAGCAGCAAAACUCCAGACCCUGCCCUGCUCAACCUAAACAGUCAUGCUGUGUUGCUAGAAGAUGUUGUGGACCUAACACAGUGCUCAACUGAUGACGAUGAUGAUGAGUGGUGAUCUUUUCCAAAAGAAUGCAUGUAUGAACUGAGAGACUACACAUCUCCAACGGCACAACAUGGCAGGGCACUUAGCUGUUGAAUUACAAAUUCAUUUUUUACUUCUUAAAUUUCUGUUUUUUUUCCUUCUGGUGUUACUGAGUGUCUUUCUUCAUGUUGAAUGUUAUUUGUGCCUCUUUAUAUGUACACAGACUGUCAGUUGCAUAUAACAAGAAGAAUAAAGGUUUAUUUUAUGUCUA